AUGCCCGGGAGCCACCACCUCCGCCAGCAGCACCCCAAGAGGUCCCAGCUCCUCGAACGGGAGGCGAGGAUUCCCAGGAGCCUGGGGCAGAACCCGGGCCCCUCCGCAGCCUGGCCCGCGCAGGUCGGCCAAGCCUGCACGCUCCCGGUCAGACCCACCUUCGACUGUCGGCACUACCGCUGUACCGACUCCGCCGGGGACCCCCCUCCACCGCCCGCAGGAUCUGGCCCCAUGGGCCCCCGUGGGCUCCUCCUGGGCGUCCUGGGGCUACUGGCUCUGGGGGCCAGCGGGGAGCCGGGGCCGCUGCCCGAGGACGCAGCGCAGGAGCACGGCUACUACCUGCAGCAGCUCUUCGGGCAGUACGGGGCCAACGGGACGCUGCCCUUCGAGGGGCUGGCGCGGCUGCUGGGCAGCCUGGGGCUGGGCCGGGUGCAGGUGGUGCAGAUCCAGCACGAGGAGCUGGGCCACGGCACGUCAGCCAACCUCGACCUGCUGGAGGGGCAGGAGGAGAAGCACCGGGACUGGCCACCCCACUCCGGCGCCGCCCACCCGCACGACGACGUGAGCAGGGCCGGGGGGGUCGUGCCGUCCUGCGCCGCUGCCGCGCGCCGGGAGCCCCCGGGGAGGCCCAGCUGCUCCUCAUCCCCCAGCGGGACCCGGGAGCCCCGGCCCCCCAGCGCCGCUCACCGCCACCCCCCGCAGUGCCUCAACGUCACCCAGCUGCUGGUGAAUUUUGGGCUGGACUCGGUGUCGCAGCUGACGCCGGAGCAGUUCACCCUCCUCUGCCCGGCCCUGCUCUACCAGAUCGACAGCCGCGUCUGCAUCCAGCACAGCGAUGAGGUGACGCUGCCUCCCCCGGGGGGGGCCCUGUGGCCAGCGCUGGGCUGGGGGCUCCUGGCCGUCGCCUUCGUCAGCCUGCCCUCCGCCCUGGCCGUCGUCCUCGUCCCGCUGCUGAGCCGCAGCUUCUUCCGCUCGCUGCUGGCCUUCCUGGUGGCGCUGGCCGUGGGGACGCUCUGCGGGGACGCCCUGCUGCACCUCUGGCCCCACGCCCAGGGGAGGCACCAGGAGACGCUGGCGGAGCCGGGGGCCGCGGUGCUGCAGGGGCUGGCGGUGCUGGGGGGCAUCUACCUGCUCUUCCUGGUGGAGCUGCUCCUGGGGAUGCUGCGGCGGAGCCGGGAGGCCACGAGAGACCCCCGACGUGGCCGCAGGGGUGCCGGCACCGUCGCGAGGAGCCCCAGGGCCGCUGACGUCGUCUGGAUGGUGGUGCUGGGGGACGGGAUCCACAACCUGACGGAUGGGCUGGCCAUCGGUGCCGCCUUCUCCCACAGCCUCUCCAGCGGCCUCAGCACGGCGCUGGCCGUGCUCUGCCACGAGCUGCCCCACGAGCUGGAGAACAUCGCUCUCUGCUCCCUGCAAAGGUCUGAAACAGCCCAAAAACCAGCGCCAGGGACUGGGGUGUCCAAGUCCCCGGGGGUGUCCAAGGCUCCGGGGUCCGGCCAGCCCCAGGGCAGCCGAGGGGACGGCCACGCCGCAGGCAGGGAGCGGGGGUGGGCUCCAGUCCCUGCAAGGCGAGCCAGGCGCCGAUGGCUCCGGGGACGCCCGGGGAGCAGCUCUGCCGAGUGCCAGCGCCCACUGCCCCGCGUUUGGCCCAUCGGCAGCUGGACAGGGAGAGGCCCGAGACCCCUCCCCGUCCCACCGACGUCCCCCGAGCUGGACACCCGCAAGGGGACAAGCAACAGGCAGCGGAGUCACGGCUGCCUCCCGGGGCAGCGCCACUGUGGCAGGAGAGCGCUGAAAUACGGACCAAGAGACACUGCAGCUGUCAAACGCGGACCGGCCGGCGGGACGGCCCGGAAGGCUGCGGGAGCAGGGACCGAGCCCUUCGUUACCAGCCUGUGCUUCCCUGACGCAGGACAGGUGAGAAAUGAAGCAAAGCUCCGUAAACUCCCUUCCACGCGUAUCGAGGAGGAAAAGGGAAGGGAAGAACCUACCGAGUGA